UUAAGGAUCCAGAUGCAAGAUAACCCUUAUUUACAACUGGACAGACAAUUUACAAAUUACAUUAUUUUCUUAAACAGAUAUGCAUUUUUCAGUCACAUUUAUUUACAGAUUUUUAAUCCUCUACUUGCUGUUUGCAUGAUUUAUAAGGAGUCCAAAGUCAUUUGAGUUUGGAUCACCAUCACUAUGUGGAAAAAACAUUUUGCCUUUUGUAUUUUACUUUUGGCUGUUGCAACAGAUCAUGUAGUCUAUGGACAAAACAGAAAGAAGGGACAAAAGCCAAUUCUUCUUGCAGGAAAAGAUGAUUUUCAGGAUCCUGUGUGCUUCAUUGACAUAGUCUUUAUCUUGGACAGUUCUGAAAGUGCAAAACAUGUGCUGUUCGAUAAGCAGAAAGAUUUUGUUGAGAAUUUAAGCGACAAAGUUUUCGUAAUGAAACCUGCUAAAUUCCGGAAGUAUGAUGUCAAACUGGCAGUCAUGCAGUUCAGCAGUACAGUCAAAAUUGAUCAUCCCUUUGUAGCCUGGAAAGACCUGAAUAACUUUAAGCAGGAAGUCAAGAACAUGAACUAUAUUGGGCAUGGCACUUAUUCCUAUUAUGCAAUUUCCAAUGCCACUCAUCUGUUUAAAACUGAAGGUCGCAAGGGAAGUGUAAAAGUGGCUUUGUUGAUGACCGAUGGUAUUGACCAUCCAAAAAGUCCUGAUGUCCAGGGGAUAUCUACAACAGCUAGAGAUUUUGGAAUAUCAUUCAUUACCAUUGGGCUGUCUAGUAAAAAGGCCAGUAAAUCAAAUCUGCAUUUGUUAUCUGGAAAUCCUCCCAAUGAACCUGUUCUUAUCCUAAAUGAUCCUAAUCUCUCAGAGAAAAUAAAAGAACAAUUGGUUACCUUAUUUAAUAAGCGGUGUGAGCAAAAAUCCUGUAACUGUGAAAAGGGAGACCCAGGACCACCUGGCCCUCCUGGAGGACAUGGUGGUAGAGGGGAUAAAGGUGAUCAAGGACGAAAAGGAGACAAGGGUGAUUCUGAAAAAGGAGAAAGUGGAGAAAAAGGUCAAGUGGGGGCUCCUGGCAACAAGGGAGAAAAGGGUGGAAGAGGAGAAUGUGGGACACCAGGAUUAAAAGGAGACAGAGGAUUAGAAGGCCCUCUUGGACUAAAAGGACCCCGGGGACCACAGGGAAUCAGUGGACCACCAGGCAUGCCAGGUCCAAAUGGUAUUCAAGGAAAUAAGGGAGAGCCAGGUCCUAGUGGCCCUUAUGGUCCCACAGGACCUCCUGGUGUUGGACUUCCAGGACCUAAGGGUGACAGAGGCCAGGAAGGAAGAAUUGGGCCUCCAGGACCUAUUGGAAUUGGUGAGCCAGGAUUAACUGGGCCUCGUGGUCCUGAGGGUGUGCAAGGUGAAAGAGGGCCCCCAGGAGAAGGCUUUCCAGGCCAGAAGGGUGAAAAAGGCUCAGAGGGCCCAGCAGGUCCGACUGGAAUAGCAGGAGAGUCAAUCAAAGGUGAUAAGGGUGAAAGGGGCCCUGAAGGACCACAAGGGCCUAUAGGACCACCUGGAAUUGGCAGUCAAGGAAGCCAGGGUAUCCAAGGUCCUAAAGGUAUACCUGGGCAAAAAGGGUCUCAAGGCAUUGGUGUGCAGGGUCCAAAGGGAAAAGAGGGUGAAUCGGGACAUAAGGGUGAUCCAGGACCACCAGGAAUUGGAGUACCUGGACCGAAAGGAGAUCCCGGAACAUCAGGACAACCAGGACAACCAGGAAUGAAAGGACAAACUGGAAAUAAUGGGAAAAAGGGCGAAAAAGGAGCACCUGGUUUAAGAGGCCUAGAGGGACCAGCUGGAAAAGGAGAUGUUGGCCAAAAGGGUGAUCAAGGAGAAAAAGGAUCCCCAGGAGUAGAUGGUGCUUUAGGAUCACAAGGGCCUCCAGGACCAAAAGGUGAACCUGGAAAAAAAGGCUCAGAUGGUAGCCCUGGACCAUCCAUUCGUGGACUGCCUGGACCAAAGGGGGAGCCGGGAGAAACUGGACUAAAAGGAAGUGAUGGAAAUCCCGGAGAUUCAAUAAUGGGACCAAUGGGUAACCCAGGACCAACAGGACUACCCGGGCUACCUGGACCAAAGGGAGAUGGCUAUCCAGGUGCACCAGGACCUCCAGGACUGCCAGGCUCCCCAGGACCAAGAGGCCCUAAAGGCUUCGGAGAUCCUGGACAAAAGGGAGAGCUUGGAGCAAGGGGAUUGCCAGGACCUUCUGGGCCUAGGGGAAUAGGAAUACUUGGUCCAAAGGGAGCUGUGGGACAGAAGGGUUUGCCAGGGCCACCUGGCCCUCAGGGGGACAGCAUACAAGGAAGCAAGGGAGAACGAGGAGUUCCAGGUUUACCAGGACCUAGGGGUUCAGAGGGAUAUGGUCUCCCUGGCCCAAAGGGAGAUUAUGGGGAGAAAGGUGAUCCAGGAAAAAAAGGUGACAAAGGAGAUAUUGGAGAACCUGGACCUGCAGGACCAAAGGGGCUUAUGGGAAGAAAAGGUGAACUUGGUCUUUCUAAAGAAGAAAUUAUCAGACUUAUCAUGGAAAUAUGUGGUUGUGGCAUCAAAUGCAAAGAAACUCCACUGGAACUUGUAUUUGUGAUUGACAGCUCAGAAAGUGUUGGACCAGAAAACUUCAAAAUUGUCAAAGAUUUCGUGAAAGCACUCAUUGACCGGGUAACAGUCAACCAAGCUACAGCCCGCAUUGGCAUUAUCAACUUCAGCCACAAAGUAGAACUGGUAUCGACUCUGCAGCAAUACACAAGCAAAGACAAGCUGAAACUCGCUGUUGAUAAUAUGCAGUACCUAGGGGAAGGCACUUACACAGCUACAGCUAUCAACAAAGCCAUUGAGAUAUUUCAGGUUGCACGACCUGGGGUAAGAAAAGUGGCUGUUGUAAUAACCGAUGGACAAGCUGAUACUCGUGAUCAAUCAUUAGAUGUUGUAGUGAGGAAUGCACAUGCCAUCAACAUUGAGAUAUUUGUAAUUGGGGUGGUUCAAAAGUCUGAUCCCAACUAUGAGGAUUUUCUGAAAGAACUGGACCUCAUUGCUACAGACCCUGACAGUGAACAUGUUUACCAGAUAGAUGACUUCAUCACACUGCCCGCUCUAGAAAAUAAUCUCUUCAAACAAAUUUGUGAGAAUGACUCCAGCUCCAUACUCACCAGAGUCUUCAGUUCAACUUCAACUCCUCACCCUGGAUUUGAAACACGCAAUGAACGUAUUGAUCAGUCUGGUAAAAUUUCAACCCCAGAACUUUAUGUCCAUCCACCUACGCAAGAAACUGUCAAUUUUCUGAGCCCUCAAGGGAUUGAUAGAGACACAGUGCUGUUGACUUCCACACCAGAUUAUAUUGCCACCACUCCUAUUCAAGGGAGCAUUCCUGGUAUUCACAGACAAUCAGGGACUUCUUCUCUUUAUGGCAGACCUGAGGAUGUAGAAACUAGAGCUAGUCCAGAUGAACCUCGGCCAUUCAAAAAAAUCACACCUAUAGAAUGGCCAGUACCAGUUCUGCAGCCUCAUGUAAUAGCAACUAAAAAAGAUCCUAGAUGCUUGGAGCCUAUGAACUCAGGAGACUGUCGAGAUUAUCAGAUGAAGUGGUAUUAUGAUAAGGAUGCCAAUUCUUGUGCCCGAUUCUGGUAUGGUGGUUGUAAUGGCACCAGAAAUAGGUUCGAGGAAGAAAGAGAAUGUCAGGAAACCUGUAUUUAUGGAUGAACAAAAAUUACAUUUUGGAUUGGUGAAGCUGAAUGUUUCUG